AUGGAAUCCACACCACCAACUGAGGCGUUUGCGGAACUCCGCUUCUAUGUCUACAACAAGAAAGAAAACAAGUACUUUACUAUUCAAGAUGUGGAAGUAAAGCGUUUCAAUGCACUUAGAAUGGUGUGGGGAUUGCUAAAAGUUCUUUCAUAUGAUACAUUUACUAAUCCUGAAAAUGGAUUCAUCUUUGAGGGUGGUGAAUGUGAGUUUGGUGUUGAUGUCCUUGUUGCUCCACCCCUUACUAAUUGGGAAAUUCUCUCUUUUGAUGAGAAACUCUCUCCUCCCAAAUUCUCUUGGAAUCUUAAGAAUUUUUCUGAGUUGAAAGAGGAUGUUUACACAUCAAACAAAUAUCCCAUGGGAGGAAAGGAAUGGGUUCUAAAGCUGUAUCCAAAGGGAAACUCUAGAGCAGAUGGCAAAUAUUUAUCCCUAUAUGUGCAUUUAGCUGAUAGUGAAACACUAAAAUCAGAUGAGAAGAAUUUCAAGCAAGGACAUGUGCGAGUUCUUAACCCACUUGGAUCUAAUCACGUCGAAGUACAAUCGAGCUGCUGGUACAAGGAAUCAAGCAGGGGUUGGGGUUGGGAUCACUUUCUGUCUAUAGCUAAUCUUCGGAAGACUUACUUGGACAAAGAAGAUGCGUUGAAUGUUGAAAUCGAAUUCAAAGUUGUUUCUGCAACCAAGUAUUCUCCCAUUAUCUAA